CCCCCCUGUCUACACAGACUGACCUCAUACCGCCCGCCCGCCGCCCCCCCGCAACUGUCCUUCUUUGCACAUAUCUGUGUAUCGGUUGUGGUCAUUGCUGCGCUAUCUUAGGCUGUCACCUCUAAUCUGCUCAAAGCUGAUACCUGCGUGCCUCCUCCACUCGCUCUACCUCUCUCUCUCUCUUUCUCUCGCGCGCGUGCUCGCUCGCACCCGCAUUCUCGGCUGCUGCCGUUAUCGCCAUCACUAUCUGUCGUCGCCGCACCCACCUUGCACCAUCGCUUUCUCUCGCUCUUGCUCUCGCUCCCCUUCGACUCGACUGGUCCCGCUCCUGCUCUGAUCGACACUGUCCAUCAAUUGCUGCCACUCCGCACUCGUACCAUCUCUGGUGGUUUCUCCCUUUGUGAGGCGGACACUCCAACUGUCGUCAUUACGCACCGCUGAUUACACUGCGAUCGUGAUCACGUUCAUACUCUCGCGCCAACAUGGGAAACUCACACUCGGACGCGCUGUCUCGGGCGGCCGAAACGCUGCAUCUGGAUCUCGCGGCGCUCAAUCUGGAAACGCUGCCGCGCAAGGCGGUGCGCAAGUCUAAUCUGACCGCAAGCCUGACGUCGGCAAACGUGGCGCGGAACAGGCUGGGCGUCUUUCCGUGGGAGCUUGUGGCGGCCGCCUCGUCGCUCGUCUCGCUGGAUCUACAGCACAACGAUGUAGCCAUGGUCCUCCCACCGCCCGCCGACUUUGCCGCCCAUACCGCGCUCACUCACCUUAACCUAACCCGCAACAAGCUGGCCGCUGUCGGGGUUGGCACGCUCGAGAUUGUCUUUCCGGCGCUCGUCGAGCUGCUCAUGGGCUCGAACAGGCUGACUCAGGUCGGCUUUCUGCAGACCCGCUCGUCAAGCUCGCUCUCGACCUCGUGGUCGCACACCCUCAAAAUCCUUGACCUCUCGCACAACAGCAUUCGCGCUUUGCCCGACCUGGCGCAGCCGCUGCCGGAGCUCCAGGUCCUCAACCUCGGGCACAACCACCUCGAGGUACUGCCCGGUGGAUGGAUUGGGACCAUGCGCUCGCUGCACACGCUCCGCCUUGAAGCCAACGAGAUUGUUGCCGUCCCCGAUGACCUGGAGGCUGUCGGCGGCUCGCUCGCUGUCCUGGUUCUCUCGCGGAACCGCCUCACCGAGUUUGACGUUGACCUCGGUGUGUUUGCCACCCUCCUCGAGCUCCGGCUCGACCUCAACUUUCUGGAUCAGCCGCCGCGCACGCUGGGUGCCGCGCCGCUGCUCACCGUCGUCACACUUGCCGGCAACCCGCUCAAGGGUGGCGUAGCUUCGCUUGCCAAAGAGGAUCCCACCGACGGUCGGUCGAGGACGCCGCGCAAGCACCGCCCGUCGGACUCGCCUCCCACAAACGGCCCACACGCCUCGUCCGGGAGCUCGCCGUUUGCCCACUCGGCCUCGGCCCGCAACCUCUCGCUCUCGACCACGUCAUCGGCGCUGCAGGGCUUGACUCCAACCGCGGCAUCGCCCAACGAAGUCGACUUUGCGCCUGCAGGCUCAUCCAAACACGGGUCGCGCAACCCAGGCACGGCCUCCUCCGGCCGUCAGCGCGCGUCGUCAAUCUCGGCCCGCACCGGCGGCUUUACCGACGAGCCAGACUCGCCACCCAUUGCCGCCACCUCACACACCACCACCAAGUCGGCGUACACAUACACCGGCCUCUCGCGGAAGACUUCGAUGCCCAACCUCAACGCGGCUGGCAAGGUUGCUCGCUCCAGCCACCCCAACCGCCGCCCGCGCCGCCGUCGGCGCCGCGCCAACAAGGCCCUGCCGUUUACCCAGCUUUCAAUGGCACGCUGCGGCCUCGAGCGGCUGGAGCUCUCAGGCCUGCCGCGCCUCUCGCACUGGGCCGCGCUCCGCGUUCUUGACCUCACCCGUAACGCGCUCACCACCCUCCCGUCACAGCUCCACCACCUGCACACGCUCGAGUACCUCAACGUCUCACACAACGCACUCACCGCCUUGCCGGCCUGCCUCGGCUCGCUCCCGUCGCUCACCGCAGUCAUCGCUUCGUUCAACAACCUCAACGACGCCGGCCUCCCGAUCGAGCUCUUCUGCUCGGACACGCUCGAGCGGCUUUCACUCGACUACAAUCGUCUGACGGCGCUCCCGGACGCACCGGCCAGCGCUCACGACCUGCCGGAGCUGCCAAACCUUAUUACGCUCGCUAUCUCGGGCAAUGCGCUCACGACGCUGCCAGCCUGGGCCGCCGGCGGCCUGCCGGAGCUCAAGGUCUUCCGGGCUUCGUCUAAUUCGCUUGAUGCCAUUCCGCGGCCGCUCUACGACUGCCUUUCCCUCGAAGUGCUUGAGCUCUCCAACAAUGCCAUCACCAAGAUUGACGGCUCACUCACCCGCCUCCACAUGCUCCGCGAGCUCAACUUGUCCGGGAACCCGCUGAGGAUUCUGCCGGACGCGCUGGCAGAGAUCAAGCGCGUGCAACAUGUUGCAGCCCGAUUCUGUCCGCACCUCUCAGUCAUCCACCCACGAGUCGCGACCAUGCUCCGUGGCUCCACCGUCUCACUCUGCGUUGACGGAUGCCCGCGGCUGGAGCUCUCGCGGCGAAUGUCGGUCGGUGAGCUCCCGGCAUGGCGGGCGGCGUUCCUCUCACACUCGCACGCUGUUGUGCUUCCUCCACCUGAAGACGGCUCACCGUCGGCCCGCGGUGUUUGCUCUGACGUGGGCAUCGCUGACAUGGUCGGCGAUCGACCGUACAUGGAAGAUGUGUGCCACAUCGAGCUGCUCGAGGUUCCCGAGCGCGGGAGCGUGUACUCGUACCUCGGCGUGUUUGAUGGCCACGGUGGCCGGCUGACGGCGGUCUGGCUCGGCUCAAACUUUCAUCGCAUCCUUGCGGCGCGCCUUCGCGAGGCUGCGGUGUCUGAGGAAGAGGCAAUGCGCCUUGCGUUUGGCGACGCUGUCGAGGCGCUUUCGGACAUGCGCGACGGCGCUGCCGCGGUAGUUGCUCUCUGGGCCUCGGACCGCAUCAUUCUUGGCAACGUCGGCGACUCGCGCGCCGUUGCUGUCCUCUCUGACGACACGCCCGACUACGCCGCGUCGUCGUUCAAGGAGUCGUACGGGACGCUGGACAAGUUCCACCGCCCGACCCACGCUUCACGAAUGGUCCGCGACCCGCGGGUUGUCCGACUCAGCAUCGACCACAACGUCGGCAAGCUGCCGUACGACGAGUACGAUCGUAUCAGGGCCGCCGGCGGCUUUGUCACACCCGACGGCUACGUCAACGACUCAAUCAACCUCGCGCGGUCGCUCGGCGACUCGCUCAACGUAUCCACUAUUUGCACCGAGCCGCACGUCGUCUCGGUUCCCUCGCUGCACGUCGAGGCUCUCAUCAUGGGCUCGGACGGAGUGUGGGACGUCAUCGACGACGUUUCGGCGGCGGCAGUUGUCCGCGCGCCGUCAGCCGCGCUCAAGUCGGCACUCGAGCUUGCGCUUGAGCUCCGUGACAAGGCUUACCGCGCCAACUCGACUGACAACAUCACCGCACUUGUUGCGCUUUCGCGGCCGCUUGUUCUCGAGAGCGACGAGUCGUGCAGCGAGUCGGGUGAGCUGGAUGAGCUGGCGGCAGCGGCGGCGGCCGAGAGCGAUGUCGCCAGGUCGCCGACGGCGCCGCUCGCCAUCCCGCCGCGGCGUCGGAUGCGGCGGCGGCGGCGUCCGCGGCCAGACGAGAGCCACUCCGACGACGACGAGAGCUCGAGCCGGAGCACCGAGGGCAUGAUGACCCCGCGCUCGCUCCGGGUUCCGCGGCCCGACCCGACGCUCUCGCCGAUGACGCCGUCUUCGCCGCUCCCAGCGCACAUCCGCACUGCGCUCGCCGACCUCGACACGACCAUCACCUCGGGCCACUUUACCUCGGACUUUCACACCGACACAACCGAGACGACAGACGACGACUGGUCCAGCAGCUGAGGCUGGCAGCUUGCAGCUAGAAGGCACCGCUGACGGCGAGGGCGCGGGCGCGUUCGCGGGCGCGAACUUGUGCCCGCACGUAGGCAAUGCGGUGGUAGGUCGAGGCCAUUUCGCGGAUCGACUUGGCCUCGAGCGGCGUCUCGGUGUACAUGAUGUGGUCCUCCCAGUGCGAUGGGGCGGCGCCAAGGAGCGGGUCGACCUCGCCGUCCUUGACAAGCACCGUGAGGGUGACGGCGGCCGGCGUGACAUCGAUGCGGAGGUCGCGGUAGGAGAAGACGUGCAGCUUCUUAAAGUGAGUUGCGGUGAAGACGA